CCCUGACAAGCCUGCAUCACCGGAUUUAAUCGCCCCGAUCAUCCGUGCUCUUCGACCCUCCACGCCACCUCUAUUUAGUCCACGAAUCUUCGUCACACUUGAGCGCACAGCGUGCCCUCACGCGUUGUUCUGAACUCUCAUCUUCAUUCCUUACGUUAUACUAUAGGCAUGUCCUCGAACGAGGACGACGGGCGCGACUACGCAGACGAUGGGCAGGACUACAAGAAGCGGCGCGUGCAACGCGCCUGCGAUCAGUGUAGACGGAAGAAGAUACGAUGUGACGGCGUGCAGUCCAACUCGAAACCAUGCUCCAACUGCUCUGCCUACGGCUACGAGUGCACGUACAUACAAACAGCAAAGAGACGCGGACCCCCAAAGAGCUACGUCGAAAGCCUGGAGAAUCGUCUCGAGAAGAUGGAGAAGCUUCUCCGGCAGCUCUGUCCAGACGCUGACUUUUCGCAUGAACUUGGCGACGACAUUGGGCGGGAGCACUGGGCCAACAAGCCCCCGCCCCCGGUGGACCCCAGCCCCCUCGUGGGGUCCCAGCCCGAUAAUCCCCUUGCCGCAAAGCUCACCACCAACCUUAUACGCACGGCCCCAGACACGCAGCGCAUCAUGGCAGAAAUGCGCACCGACAUCGAGCCAGAGGACAACGAUUACUCUUCACUGCAGAUGACUGAGCAGAUGCAGCGCUUCAAGUUCGAGGAUCACGAUAUCCGCUUCUUCGGGCGCUCGAGCGGCGCCAUGCUCGUGCAAGCUGCGGUCGACCUCAAGGGCGAGCUGACCUCGGUGCCUAGUAGCGAUUUCUGGGAGCGCGGCCUCGGCUCGCGACGGCCCGAAUUUUGGCAGCUACAUCCCUGGGAGGCCGAAAUCAUGACCAAGAAGGAAUACGUGACCUAUACGUUCCCCGAGGACAGUCUCCUCUACGCGUUGGUCGACUUGUAUUUCAAGGAGAUCAACACCUACUUGCCCCUCCUCCACAAACCCACCUUCAUCGCGCAGCUCAUUGCUCGACGGCAUCUUGCCGAUGAAUCCUUCGCCCCCAUCGUGCUUUUGGUGUGCGCCGUGGGCGCGCGGUUCACGAAGGACCCUCGGGUCCUACUGGAGGGUUCGACAUCGUUUCACUCCGCCGGGUGGAAGUGGUUCAAUCAAGUGCAGAUCGUUAAGCGAUCCAUGUUCACCGCGCCUACCCUUCAUGAUUUACAAUUCUACAUGCUCUCCGUGGCCUUCCUCCAAGCGACCUCCGCGCCACAAGCCUGCUGGACGAUGAUCGGUAUUGCCGUUCGCAUGGCCCAGGACGUGGGUGCGCAUCGGCGGCGCGUGUCCAAGAAGCCGCUCACGAUCGAGGACGAGCUCUGGAAGCGCGCGUUUUGGGUCAUUGUGUUCAUGGACCGCGCGUGCAGUGGCGCGCUGGGCAGGCCGUGCGCGACGCAGGAGGAGGACUUCGAUCUCGACUACCCCAUGGAUUGCGACGACGAAUAUUGGGACCAUCCGGAUCCAGAGAAAGCGUGGAAACAGCCGCCGGGGCGACCGUCCGAGGUUGCGUUCUUCAUUUCCAUGCUGCAGCUGCACGAGCUCUUGGCGAUUUGUUUGCGCACCAUCUACUCCAUCAACAAGUCCAAGAUCCUCUUCGGCUUCGUGGGGCAGAAGUGGGAGCAGCAAAUUGUCGCAGAACUAGACUCGGCGCUCAACAAAUGGGUCGACUCAGUGCCUGACCACCUCCGCUGGGACCCCAACCGCGAAGAUGAGGUCUUCUUCAACCAAUCCGUCCAGCUCUACGCCACAUACUACCACGUCCAAAUCCUCGUCCAUCGCCCCUUCAUACCCUCCCCGCGCAAGCCAUCUCCGCUUUCUUUCCCCUCUCUGGCGAUCUGCGCCAACGCGGCUCGCUCCCUCAUCCACAUCGUCGACAUCCAUCUCCGUAGGACGGGAGCGAGCCAUCCGUCGAUGACGAGCGCUAUCUUCACGGCCGGGAUCGUGCUGUUGUUGAAUAUUUGGGGUGGGAAGAGGUCGGGGCUGUCGACGGAUCCUAAUAAGGAAAUGGCCGACGUCCAUAAAGCCAUGAAGUGCCUGAGGUCUAUCGAGAAUGGAUGGCACACUGCAGGUCGUCUCUGGGAUAUCCUCUACGAACUCGCCUCCGUUGGCGACCUCGCCUUGCCUACACCGAGCCCACAGCCUCAAAAGAAACGCGAGCGCGACUCGGAGCUCUCCGCCUCCGCAACUCCAAGCCGCUCCUCGCCUGCCUCUUCCGAGCACGGCCCGCGCGCCAUCGCCGGCUCGCGGCGCGUCUCCAAGGACGUCGGCCUCGCCAGCGGGCAUUCCAUGAGUGGCCAGUUCUUCAACCUACCUAUUCAUAGUGAGGAGCUCGGGCGACUUCCGCUACACGGGCAGGUGAGCUUCUUCACCAGGCCGGAGCAGCAGCAGCAACACGCUGGACCAGCGCGCUCGGACUUCUCAAAUUGGUAUGGGCCGAGCGCGGGCGUGUCGGCGGACCAUGCUGGGCAGGGGCCGUACGCGAUGAAUGAGGCGUCGUCGUUUUACGACCAGCUUGGGCAUGCGCUCAACGGGCACUCGCUGCACUCCGCACUCGAGUCCGGACCGUCGGCAGGGACGGGAGAAGGGCCGCCGUCCGUCAAUGUCAUGUCGCCCGGGAUCGACACGGAUACGAUGGCAAUGUGGAGCAACGCGCCCGCGGGGUUCGAGAUGAACGACUGGGGCGCGUAUCUCACAAAUGAGCUCAACCAUGGAAUGCCGCCGAUGUCUUAGUUCUGUCGACUUACUGUAUAUCCCGACAUCCAUCUUCCAUCACCUCGACUCUCGCUAUACUGAACUUUGCUAUCUGCGCUCUCAUAGACGCUGCCUGCAUCCUGGAGAGCUUUUAUGUACCACGGGAUGCAGGGGCCGCUGCAUUAUUGAAGUCUUCGCUCUCGCCGAAAUUGUAUCAUAUGCUUCUAGAUGUACGUCCCGGAUACUGGUCGACGCCCCGCUAUAUCUUACAGCUACUGGACACCAUGUAUUUGUUCAACAGCAAUCGCAUAGAGCCCAGUCUUAUUCUACUUCCCUCUAUGUUCAAGCGCCCGAGAUGCGUUGUUCGCUGUGAACUUGAAGGUUGUUGUUGCUCAUGGCUGUACCAUAACUGGGAAUUCUACCAGCCUCUGCC